CGUUUUCCCGGGAACGUGGCGGAGGCGCCGCCGGGCCCGGCCAUGGUCCCGCUGCGGGCGGCGGCUGCCGGGGGGCUGCGGCGGGGCGCCGGGAGGCCGGGCCCGGCGGCGCGGAGCAGGAGGGGCGCGGCGCCCCGCCGAGGGGCCCCGCUCCCCGCGCCUGCUCCCUCGCCCGCCCGGCAUCUCUUCAGCGACCUGGCUGAGGUCGAGGCCUUGCGCAGGAACCUGCUGGCUUGGUACGACGAAUUCAAGCGGGACCUUCCCUGGAGGAGGCUGGCUGCAGCAGAGCCGGAUGCCGACAGACGGGCGUACGCAGUGUGGGUGUCUGAGAUCAUGCUGCAGCAGACGCAGGUGGCUACAGUGAUCGACUACUACAACCGCUGGAUGCAGAAGUGGCCGACGUUGCAGGCUCUGGCACAGGCGUCCCUGGAGGAGGUGAACGAGCUGUGGGCAGGACUUGGCUACUACUCCAGAGGAAAACGUCUGCAGGAGGCAGCAAAGAAGGUGGUGUCUGAGUUGGAUGGCCAGAUGCCCAGGACAGCUGAGGCCCUGCAGAAGCUGCUGCCAGGAGUGGGCCGAUACACAGCAGGAGCCAUUGCGUCCAUCUCGUAUGGGCAGGGUAACCUCAGCUCCUGCCCCCAGGCUACCGGUGUCGUGGAUGGGAACGUGAUCCGGGUCCUGUGCCGCCUGCGGUGCAUCGGUGCUGACUCCAGCAGCCCAGCUGUCAUUGACCGGCUCUGGGACAUGGCCAAUGCCCUGGUAGACAGGAGCCGCCCAGGGGAUUUUAACCAAGCCCUGAUGGAGCUGGGGGCAACUGUGUGUGUUCCCAAGGCCCCGCUGUGUGGGGAGUGCCCUGUGAAGCAGCACUGCCAAGCACGGCACAGGGUGGAAAAGGAGCUGGCCUUUGCCUCUCAGAAGCUGUUUUCAAAACCUGCCCCGAUGCCUGAUGUUGAGGACUGUGGUGCUGGGGGCUGUCCCCUGUGCCCCCCAGCCACAGAGCCAUGGGACAGCAGCCUGGGGGUGACCAACUUCCCCCGGAAAGCUGCAAAGAAGCAGCCGCGGUUGGAACGAACAGCCACAUGUGUGCUGGAGCGGAGGGGCUGCCACGGGGCUGCCGAGUUUCUCAUCGUGCAGAGACCCAGCUCAGGUCUCCUGGCUGGACUCUGGGAGUUCCCCAGCUUCCCACUGGCCCAGGGUCUGCAGGAGGAGAAGCAGAGGGAGAUGCUGGCAGAUCACCUCCAGGCCUGGAUGGGGCAGCCUGUGGCAGCAGGAAGCCUGCAGCUCAUGGGAGAGGUUGUCCACAUCUUCUCUCACAUCCAUCAGACAUAUGUGGUCUACUCCCUGCCCCUGGAUGGGGACAUCACCGUGGACCCUGCCUUGUCCCCAUUCCGUUGGGUGACAGAGCAGGAGUUCCACACCUCAGCUGUGUCUACAGCCAUGAAGAAGGUGCUGAAAGUGCGUGAGAAGCAGUGCAAGGAGGAGAGCAGCCCAGGCAAGGGCUCCAAGCGGAAGCGGGGCACAAAGCUGCAAGGAGCAGGGAACACUGGGAAGCAGCUCUCGCUCCGUGCCUUCCUCCGGCCACCCACCUCCCCAUGACAGCACCUUUGACAGCUGAGACCAGUGGAGAUCCGUGCUGCAGGGAGUCCUGCCUAAGGCAUGGGGAUGGUGUCCCCCAUACUGCUGCAUCUCCAGUUCCUCCUUGUGUAGAGUCCACCAGCUCCCCUGUGGGAAUUGCGCCUUAACGUGGCCACUGUGGUCCUGGACUUGACCUGGAGCCAGACUGGACCUCCCUGCUUAGCUGGAGCCCUCCUGGCGUGGUUUGGUCCAGUGCAGCCCUUGCUCUGGCACUGUGGGCUCACAGCAGCUGGGGUGUCUCUCUGGCAGCAGGAAGGCUGGGUCUGCAUUGCUCCCCCAGCCUGUUCACGUGCACCUUGGCCACCAGCCAGUGACUGUGGAUGCUGCCAUAGCCUUCCUGGCCUCCAACAGACCUUUUUAUAUAAUAUACUUGUUUCUAAUGAACUUGAACCACAGGCUUUUUAAUAAUAAAUCUCCUGAAGCAUG